CUUCAUCAUUUCUACUUUUUAAUUUUCUUUUUGCAUCUUUAACUGUACUUGGCCACCUAUAUAUAAAAUCCUUCUGCAAUUUCCCUCUCCUCAAAUCUAACUCUCUUAAUUUAUCUGUCUCUCUCACUCUCCCUCACUCUACCAUGACCUUGUUGACCGUGGAAGAUCAAAGUUUGCAUGAUAUGAACUUCUUGUGGGAAAAUCAUUCAUGGGAUCCCUCCAAUUCUGAUAAUUCGGGUGAAAGUAAAGAAAACAUGAAAUCACUUGAUCAGGUAGAAGAAAAAGAUGAAGCUCUCAUGAAUAAGAAACGAAAUCGAGACCAAGGCAAUAUUACUAGUGGUGAAGGGAAAGGUGAAAAAUGUCGUGAAUCUGAUCAUGAAAUGCAUAUAUGGACCGAGAGAGAAAGGAGGAAGAAAAUGAGGAACAUGUUUGCCAGUCUUCAUGCUUUGCUUCCACAUCUUCCUUCCAAGGCUGAUAAAUCAACCGUUGUGGAUGAAGCAGUGGCAUACAUUAAAAAUCUUGAGAAAACCCUGGAAAAGCUAGAGAAACAGAAACAAGAAAGGGUCCAAUGUGUCUCCACUUUUGGGUGUGAACCAUCCAUGUUUGUGACUGGUCAGGGAUCUUCUAAUAACAACAUUUCCAAUGCAAUAAUUGGAACUACUUCAAAUGCACUUUCAUUCCCUGUAGCUUUUGACAAGACUUGGGCUUCUUCAAAUUUGGUCUUGAACAUUUUUGGAGAUGAAGCCCAAUUCUCCAUUUGCACAGCCCAUAAGCCAGGCCUCAUGACUACCAUUGGUUUUGUGCUGGAGAAGUACAAGAUUGAGGUCAUAACUGCCAACAUUUCGUGCAUUGGUUAUGGAAAUGCUUGCAUGAUUCAAGCCCAUGGAAAACGAGUUUCACAUCAGUUCCUAGAUGCAAAUUCAGUAGAGGAAAUUUACAAGCAAGCGGCAGGAGAGAUUAUGCUAUGGAUCGGUUAAAUUUUUGGAUGAUAAAAACUUAUAUUGGUAUCAUUAUGUUUGGUGUGGAUUUUUAGUUUUCUUGAAACUAUUAGCGGACUUUUAUGGCUUAACUGCCAAUGGUUCUGAAAGCAAACAAAUAUAUAUACUCUAAUCUUUGUGGUUUAAUGUUUAAACUAAAUGGUUUGUGCAUUUCAUAA